AUGACGUCAAUCACUACUGGCACCAAGGCUCCUGCCGCUAUCCCCGCUGCAGCAACCCCUGGCGCUUUCGCUGCAUCCACGCCUAGCGCCACGCUCGGUGCCAUUCUAGCUUAUACGACGCACAGCGCCACCCCCUCUUCAUCACUACCCCGGCUGCCACGGCGCUCAGUGCCCCGCCUGCAGAAACAGUUGGAGGCGUCUGGAAGGCAAUGCGACGAGGGACCUAUCUGUAGUGGUGCUGGCGACUUGCCGACUGGCUCGCUGUGGCCUAAGAAGGCAGAUGUUGCCGUCCAGGACUGCCACGAAACAAUGCCUAUCUACACGAACUCCAACAAUUGUGUAGCCGCAACGUCACGGCGUCCUAUAAACAUCCGUUUUGAAGAGAACGUGGAUCUGGUGGCGAUUCACAUGAAGCCGCUGGAGUGCUACACGUUCGACAGCGUCUACGGGCUCACCAGCUUCAUGUCCAUGUUCGUAACGGACAAGAUCCUCAUGCAUGAGCCAUGUCGACUCGACAGUCGAGUGCUUAGCGUCUGA